UCAAAAUUAUCAUUUCAUGACUCAUCUUUCCAAAAAGCACAGCACUUUCCUUGUUCAUUCUACUGCUCUCAUCACUCUCUCAUCCCCAAUAAUCAUCUCCUGCUUCCCCUUUCUACAAUCCUUCAAACCCAGAUGGCAUCUCAUUCUCACCACCACCACCACAACCUCCAGCAAUGCCACCCCUCCGCCACCACCACCACCUGCUUCUGCUGCCACUGCACCACCACUUCCCACCACCCCCCACCACCGCCGGAACAACAACCCCUCAUCAUCCACUGCCAAGCACAGUUCUCUCAACAACCCCAUCACUCUUACUACCCCCAAUCACCCCUUCUUCAAAACCCUAAACCCCAGUUUCAACAUCUCCGCCGCCAAGAAUAUGUUCAAGAAAAUGACGAGAUUAGCCACACUGUUAUCUCUUCUCUCCUCCGCCGCAUCUCCGCGCUUGAGUCCUCCGUUCGCCGCAGCUCUUCUUCGGCCUCUUUCUCUCUCCGGGAUGCGGCGGCGCGUACUAUUCAGACCCACUUUAGGGCGUUUCUUGUUCGGAGAUCUCGAACUCUCCGUCAGCUUAAAGAUCUUGCUUUGAUCAAAUCAGCUCUUAACACUCUUAAAUUGAAUCAUUCUAAUAAUACCCGCUCCGAUUCUCGAGCUCUUUCGCUUAAAGCUCUCAACUUGCUCAACAAGCUCGAGCUCAUUCAGGGUAGUGAUCCGAUGAUUCGAGAUGCUAAGAGGUCGAUUAACAAGGAAUUAAUUCGUUUUAUGGAUUAUCUUGAGGAGCUUUCUGUGAAAAGGCACCAGCUUUCCACUAGGGUUGUCAAGAAUCUGAGAAUUGGUGUGAGUGGUACUAAAUCUAGGGGUUUAAGCAGUGAUCUGAGGGGGAGUGGUUUGGGAACUAGGGGUCCGAGAGAGGAUGGGGAGAGAGAGUUGCUUGAGAAAUUGAGGAAGAGGGUGGAAAAAAUGGAGGGCUACUCCAGGGCUUCUGAGGAAGAUGAGGAAGAAGACAAUGUAGAGGAUAAAAAUUCUGGAUUAUAUGUGAAUGGAAAGCGGGGUGUUGAACGAGUUAGGAAUGGGGUUUUGAUGAAUAGGCAAGCUGGGGCUCCGUCUAAGGCAAAGAAAAGUGUUCGCUUUGCUGAGAAUGGAAAUGUGUAUAUGGUGUAUAAGGGCCAUAAUGGUCCGGUUUCAUUUGUUGAAUGCCAUAGCAAUGAUGGAAGUGAUUCGGUUGAUGCUGAGGAAAUAGGGAGAGAAAUUGAAGAAAUCGGGAAUGGAGAUGACGAGGAAGAAGAUGAAGAGUCACCUCAAAUCAGCGAUGAUGGUAGAGAUCGUAGAGGGAAUGUGGUCGCUGAAAGUGAUAAUGAAUCAAGUGGUCAUGAACCAAUUGAAAAUGAAGACGGAAGCUUUGUGUUUUCUGCUCCAUUGCCUGUGAAGAUGGAACCUAGAGCUGAUUUGAUGAACAAGAAGUCGCUAAAAAUAAUAAAUUGAGGGAAGGACUGGCACAGGUUUGUGAUAUUAGGUGCUGUAUGUUAUUGUUAUCUACUUUGUUAGAUGCUGUUGUUUGGUGAAUUUGGCUGACCGUCUUUGCUGGUUUGCUGAUAAGAAGUGUUAACAUUGCACCUGUUAAGCUUUUGGUUUAUGUGUCCCAAUAUUUGAACAAAAAAUUUGUUUGUCUGAAAUUUUUAAAUA